AUGAGGUAUCGGGUUGUGCAAAAAGAGCUUAGGCUACUACUACUAGGGCAGCGGCGUAGAGAGCCUAUUGGUAGUAUGGGGGAUGGUACAGGUGGUCGUAAGGAAAAUGACAAUCCUUCGCCUGUCAAAAGAAGGUCGCUAAGCAACUAUUUAUUAAACAUUCAAAAAAGACGACAACAACUAGAGGAAAGCGCCAAAGCACAGCCCGAAAUAUCAUCAAAAGCCCCUCUAAAUGAAUCAAUAAAAUCCAAUUCAGAGACGGAUGAAGCUGAAGAAACUGGUGCGGGACGGAAUCCUAAUAACGCCAGCAUAACUGUCAACAUAAAAACUCCCCACGAUAUUUCCCCCAAUGAGCAGCAGCAUGCGUUACCAACCAAUACCGACUGGGCAUUAAAAUCUUUGGGUAGCUCUCAAGCAGAGAGAAGCUCUGUAGCUGAGUCAAAACAUGGUAUUGUCAAAUCUCGUUCUGAGGACGAGACCCAGGCGCCGCAAAACGUGGCCAGGUGUGAUAUAGAACAACCCGGAUCGCCUCCGCACUCCAAGCUUGGCACGGCUGUUGACCUACAACCUAUCGAGCGGCCACCUCCAGUAAAAAUUCACGAGGCCACUAAUGGACAGCCAGAAAGGCUCUCCACGACAUCGCUUAAUACCCAAAACAACGUUAUUGAAAGGGAGGAAAGAGUCAAAGCAAAGAAUGAUGACAAGAGGAAAGCAUCGAACCAAGCGGAGCUACUGAAAUCUUUUUCACCAAAUGUGACGAAAGAGUCUGAUGUAGGUACCGUCUUAAACCAGUCGCAGGAAGAUGAAAGCGAACUUAGCGAAGUUGAAAGUGACGCCCCAACUGAACCUGCCUCACCUCCUAAACCUCGGCUUGGGAGAUUAGUUCGCGGGGAUCAGUUACGAUCCUCUCCUUCACGCACGGUUCCUCAUAUCCCACCUACCCACAGCGAUGAAUCGGAACUCUCUGAUUUGGAAGACUUGAACCAGCCUCCCAUUUCGAGCAGUAUUUUGCAUGGUGAUUCUCCAACACAUAGGUCCAUUGUCACUCUCAAUUCGUCACCAGCUAGACUGUUGAAAAAAUCUCCGAAGCACAUGAAGAGCUAUGUGGCUGUUCGAAAGCCUCAGAAUAUAAAAAAGAGCGGUGUUCACAGAGACGCUGGAGGCAGAACCAAGUUACAGAUAUCCUGUGAUAAAGGUAAGUUCGAUUCUGCUAAGAAACUCAUUGAAGAAGGAUAUGACGUGAAUGAUCAGGAUAAUGCUGGGAACUCUUCAUUGCAUGAAGCUGCUCUGAAUGGUCACUACGAUAUUGUAAAGCUACUUUUAGAAAACGGGGCGAACGUUAAUAUUCAAUCUUUUGAGCCAAUCAAGGAUACUCCACUAAUCGAUGCCGCAGCCAAUGGCCACUUGGAUGUAGUCAAAAUUCUUCUCAAGUAUAACGCUGAUCCCACCAUUGUGAAUUCAAAAGGUUUAACGGCGAUAGAGUCAAUCGAAGAAGACUCAGAUCUAGAUGAUGACGACUUAGAGACAGUACGGAGUCUCAAAUCAGAGUUACGAAGGGCUGCCAGGCGACUUAACAGCGAUGACGAAAGACGACAGCGUUCAUCAUCAGCUAAUAGACACUCUGACGGCGAUCGAUCUUCAUCCAAUGUUCGACUUGGAGAUGAGUUUUAUUGGUCAGAUAUCACAUCCAAAGUUGGACGGGAAAAGCUGCUCAGGUCCUCAAGAGAGGGAAAAUUACCGUACGUUGGUGCAUAUCUCGAAAAUGGUGGCCGUGUCGACCUCAAAUCAUUUCUUGAAGCUGUCAAGUUUGGCCAUGAGGAUAUCGCAAGUUUAUUUCUCGCCUUUGGGGCACAGACCAGCAUGGCUACUCGCGAUGGUCAAACCCCAUUGAUGGUCGCGCUGGGUCGUGGCCAUACUGGGACUGUUAAGCUACUAUUGGAGGCUGGAGCAGACCCCACUGCAAGAGAUAAAUCUGGGAAAUCAGUUUUGAGCUAUGCGCAAUCUAGCGAGCUCGGACUUGCGAGUAAGGGCGAAAUUGAACUGAUUCAGAAUGCUUUAGAAAAGCACCAACCAAAAGCAUUUGCUCAGACCUUCUGGCAUGAUGAUGAAGACAACCAAGCUAAAGAUGUGAGCAGCUCACCUCAACCACUGGUUCCCCAAAAACGAACAGAGGUGCUGGAUCGCGACCUUGGCCGCGAAUCUACUAGCAAGUUAACACCCCAAGAGCUCAACAGUUCCAGAGCCUCCUCCCCUGCACCGGUUAGUUCUUUUUUCUCCUCAGCUCCUGCUAAAAAACCCAAGUUGGAAGCUUCUCUGAGCCCCGGAGCUGUGGAUACGGCUUUCGAAGUACAGAGAAGCCAGAACGGAACUCCUGCCAACUCGACUACCCCUAGGCCGGCGGAGACUGCACAGGAGAAGGAGGCAAGAUUGAAGGCAGAGGAAGAAUACAGGCUAAAAAGACUGUCUACGAAAAAGCGGAAAGAGCAAGAGCUGCUCAACAAACUGGCUGAUGAUGAAAAGAAGCGUGCGGAAGAGCGCGAUCGGAAGGAUGCGGAAAGGCUGCGAAGACUGCAAGACGAAAAAGCCAGAGAGGCUGAGAAAGAAGCCAUUGAACGCAUAAGGGACGAAAUUGAUCGGAGGCAUCUGAUCCGAGCACAGUAUCCGUUGGGUCUGCGCCUGGUAAAUUUUCAGACCACCGAUGAUUUAAACAGUUUCUUGCCAGUCUACUACUCGGUCAUUAAUACAAAAAGGUAUGUCAUGGACAUGCACAUGUGCGUGCUACUGAAGGAUGUCAAUUUCGUUGCCCGAUGUUCAGGCGGGAUAAUAAUAUCUGCGGCUCACAAACUACAAAUGUGGAACAUUUACAAAUUUAUUUUUUUGCUGGGGGGCCGCGGCGUCACAAAAUCACAGGUCCAACGGGACUUAGAUGCUCUGUCAUUCCAGAGUCGAGCCGAAUUCGAAGCACAGGAGCGAGAGCGGUUUAUAUCGCUACCGCUCCACUGGGUCCCAUGGGACGAAAUUGAAUUUCCCGAGAAUUUAGUACCGUCUAAAGGCGCUUUAGAAGCCCAAAUGGUGGAACUCAGUAUGUGGUCCGAAAGAGCGCCGGGGGCAGCUCCCUCGCAAUCAACUACAGCUGUGGGGGCUGUCGCCCGUCUUGGGACCUCUGAACCACGUGACCAAGGCACUCUGGAUCACACCACACGAACAGUGCUUUCUUCUGUCAGUAAGGAGUUACCAGUCCGAUUCAGGAAUCGCCCUAGUAUUAACGGUGCUCUAAAAGGCCCACUUCCGGCUUGGUAG